UCUCGUCGCUAUAAGGAGUGGCAGAAUCUGGCGCUGGAAGCUACGACGGACGCCCAAUCCGAAGAAGUGGAGGUCGAGAAUCCGCCGAUACCCGCGGUGAAGCGGCCCGAGUAUGAAACUCCACGCACAAUACUCCAAAGACCGAGGACAACGUUGAUCCAGCGCCGGGAAGUCGAGGCGAGUCAGGAGCAAGAUAUUCCUGACUGCUCACUUUCCGACGAGGCGCCGGCGCCGUCGGACAAGUCGCCGUCGGACAAGCGAUCGUUGGAUCUAGCGUCUGUCGCAAGCGAAGAGUCGGAUCUAUCGUUUAUCGCUGACGAAGACCCCAUGUCGCAUGUCGUAAUGAUCAAGGAGGAGCUAGAAGAUCAAGAUUAUGAUGAAUGCGUGUAUUACCAUGAAGGAAGUGAUCUAUACGCAGAAGAUGUCGAUGGUCAGAUGGCGGUGUUGCCCGAAGUGCCUGUCACGACGGAGGGCGUGAAGAUCGACGAUAUUCAACUGUGUGGAUCUGAUAGUCAAACUCCAGAAGAGAUCGGGCGACUUCGCCAAAAGAUUUGGAAGUUCCGACACCUCUUGAUCGGGAGAGGAAACGCCCUCCCGCCGGCCGCUAGAGGCGUGGUGUGCGAUAUCGACGUCGGAGGGGCGAGACCCUUCGCCCUCAAGUGUCGUAAGUUGUGGAUCCAGUUCAGAGAAAAGCUGGCAGACCUGAUCAAGGGUCUAUUGUCCGCCAAGAUGAUCAACUAUUCCAGAUCACCAUGGGCUUCCCCCAUCGUGGUGAUUAUUAAGAAGAAUGGGGUGGACAUCAGGCUAUGUAUCGAUUAUCGGUUGGUUAACAGUCUGACACAGCUGAUAGCGUACCCAAUGCCCUUGAUCAACGAUCUGCUCGAGGACCUGUAG